AUUGAUAAACAGCAAAAAAACAACUAGGAUUUAGCAAGCAUAUAAGUAUUACAAUUGACUCUUCAAUUACAUUUGCUGGUUUAGCAAGUUCGAACGUCGACUUUCUGUUUUAAUAUGAAGUUUUUCGUGGCAUUCUUAUGUAUUAAUGCAAUUGCUUAUCAUAGCGUUUGGUGCGACAUUCCAAAUGUCUAUGAAUUUUGCAAUGCGUUGAUGUCCAAUGGGCAGCAGGCACCGUGCGAUAGAACGACAUGUUCCGGACGGCCCGGAAAGCGCGGACAGGAAGGAUUGAGGGGUCUUAAGGGUGAAAAGGGUGAGGUUGGACAAACUGGAACACCAGGUGAACUGGUGACAAAAGUAGCUCACUUGGAAAAAUUGCUGGAGAUGAUGGCCGGAACGCAAAAAGAUCUUUAUUGUGGAAUGGGAAUGAAGUCACGUGAAAUUCCCGAUUCUGCGAUAUCUGUUUCUUCGUCGCAUUCAAAGCAUCAAGGUAGAUAUGCGCGAUUGGACGAGCAACCAUCAGAAAUUCCUAUUUCAUAUGGCGUUUGGCAUCCAAUAUAUAAUCGGGUUGGAGAAUGGAUUCAGAUAGACUUGGGUAAAAUGAGAUCAGUGGCUGGAGUAAUCACACAAGGACGACCUAACUGCCCAUGUGAACAGUGGGUGACGUCAUACAAAGUAAAAUACGGAAAUUCUACAAACAAAUACGUCACCAUCACCGAGAACGGCCGUGACAAGAUCUUCCCAGCAAACACGGACAUGGAUACCAAAGUGGCGAACCUAUUUCAAACACCAGUGGUCGCCCGCUAUAUCCGAAUCUAUCCACAGACUGGCCACAACUUCAUGGUGAUGAGACUCGAGCUGAUUCGUGGAGAAUGUUCGGAUUUAUAUUGACUACUAUAGCCUUGGUGCACUUCUUUGUGACUCGGUCAAUAUUAUGACACUUUAUUAAUUGAAGACCGUUAUAUACCGGAUUAUAUUGCAAAAGGCAUGUGUUGUUCAUUAAAGAAUACGUUUAAAUCAAUUUUAAGACAUUGAUCCGAUUAACUAGACAUAUCGAACGAACAUGAAUUUUAUGAAAAAGUGUAUGUGACAUAUUUUUCCGCUUUGCGAGUGCGAACAACAAAAAGUUAAAUUUACGAUACGGCCAAGGUUAGAAAUUCAAGGACAAGAUGAAAAUUAUUUAUUAUAUUGUUCUAUUUUUAGAAGUCGAAAUAGAGUUUUGCGAGUAUCUUAUCCUGAUUGUAUUUUCAAAAUGUCCCAUUAAAUUUACCCAACGAUUAAAUAUGUAAAUAAACGUAUGUGUGGCUGACAAACAAACUCAACUCCAAAUCCUAUAUCAAGGAGAUGAUAAAUUUGAGUGAGAAAAUUGCCGUAGGACGCACUAACAAAUUCCCUUAAUUUUAUCACCCUUAGCACUUAUAGAAGUCUUGGCUUCCUAUCCCUUGCCAAUGAAUGCCACUCCUACAAUAUUAGGGG